AUGUUAAAUAGAUCAAACCCUAACCUCAAACCAAUUCACAAGCGAGACUCCAAGCUAGAUUUGAUUGAUGACACUACGUUGACUUCACUACCGUUUCCUCCACCUCCUCCGGCUAAGCGGCACUCGCUUCGAAAUGCGCAAUCAUUGUACAUGCAAAGAUCUUGCUGUUUGGUCAAACCCAAUGAUUCAAAGUCUUUUGUAAAGAGUCCGCUGCUAUUAGGUAAAAGCUCAACUCUAUCAUGGGCUGAAAAUACAAAGCGCAACAACCACUACAGCACCGAUUCUAUUUCACAAACUACUAAUGAGGAAAUGCAGCAAGAAGCACGCGAGGAAUAUGAUGAAGGUUAUAGCUUCUUUGACUACUCCUAUGAUGAAGCUGACCCAAUUGUUUUCGUCGAAGAUUAUCUCUCAUCACUUAACGCGAAUACAGGUACUACAAAUUCUGCUGCGACAUCUACAAUUUCGGCCAGUUCUGAAAACUCGAAUAAAUGUUGCAGCACCUCAACCUCCAUUGCUACCCUCAAUUCGCGUCAAAUUCAUCGACAGAUUUCGUUAGCGGAGUUCAAGUCGAGAAAAAUUUCCAAUAGUACCCUUCAGUCUCAGUCUCAGUCUCAGUCUCAGUCUCGGUCUCAGUCUCAAAGUUCAUUAUACGUACAUCACAACCAGAGCCAAGGAUGCACUUCAAGCAUAUAUAGAAACAACUUCAACAAUGUUCCCGAAAGUUUUGAAGAUUUGGAGGCGAUCUUUGGAGAGAUACCGGGAAGUGAAUUGCUCAAGAGUUGCAAUUUAUGUGACAAACCGCUUUACGAGCUAUCCUCAAUUAUUCAAAAUGCUGAAAAUAUGCACUUAAUCGAGUUAAUUUGUGGAGAUUGUGUAUAUGCUUACGAAGAGUAUUUAGGAGAACAAGCAAAGCAAGGCUAUCACAAGACGGAUGAAAGUGAAAAACUUCGAGAAAGACUCUUGAAAGUAUUUCUUCCACUUUGCGCAAGGUAUAAUGCUCAGAGUUGGCAAUGCUUUCAAUUCAAUCUGAUAACCACUUAG